CGGGAAAGGAGGAAGAAGGUGGACGAGGAAAAUAUCAGCCAUCUUCGUAAGGUCGAAAUCUGAAGAGCAGUGAUGCCAAGACAUUGCUCAGCAGGCGGCUGCAAAUCUCGGGACAAUCGCGAGACUCGUAAUGCUGGUAUCACCUUUCACAAAUUACCAAAAGGAGAAACUAGAAGGAACCUUUGGAUCACCAACUCCCACCGUGCAGACUCCUGGGAUCCUCAGACUGACUUUGUCUACUUUUGCUCCAGACACUUCACCCCAGAGAGCUUUGAACUGACUGGAUGCAGUGGGAUCAGAAGACUAAAGGAAGAUGCGUUUCCUACAGUAUUUGAUUCCUCUUCAGCAGCCAAAUGCAAAAGACCAAGAACACUGCAGAAACAAGAAGACUUUCCUGUCAGGAAGAAUUCCUGCUCAGGCGACCAGGACACAGAUCAGCAGACAGAGAAAUGUCAGCCUUCAGAGGAACCUACAGAUCAGAGGUCAGUGGCAGCAGCUGAGGUGACUCAUGAAAGCAAACCUGACUCUUCUCAAGAGCCUUCUCAAGAGCCCUCGCUGCAGGAACAUGGUCCUUCACCACCAACAGCAACUCGGCCUCUCUCCCCAUCAUGUUACAUGAGGCGCCUGCCCCCUCCUGCAGGCUUCUACCUGUCGAAGGAACACAACUAUGCUCAGCUCUGCCCCCUGUUGUGGAGGAGACGUUACAACCAGGCUAUUGACUGCUUGGAGAAGGCUUUACGACAGCUGCAUGCGGCCAGGCGGAGGGAGAACCGUCUGCGGAGCACUGUGCUGAGGCUCCGUGAUAAACGGCUGAAACAGGCUUUGCUUGUGUCCCAAGAUGGUUGUAAAAACAGGGGGAGCUGGGCACCAGGGGGGGAGAAGAGACGAGGCAAAGGAGGCUGUAGUCAUGAGGAGAGUGAGACUGACGCUAAAUCUGAGGAUAUAGGGGUAUUUGAGGACAGAUGUGUUGAUCAGAUGGAGCUGGCAGGUUGUUUUCUUUCAGACACCAACAGCUGGUCUGAGGAAGAGAAGGGAUACUGCUUUUACUGUGGAAGAGGACAGGCACAGGUUGGUGGUCAGGUGUCACGCAGAGCUGCAAAGUCCGGGAAAGAUGCUGAGUCCACAGUUCAGGACUGUCUGAAGAUUCAGAGAAGUGUUGAAACCAGUACUUGCAGCACAACUGAAAACUCCAGAGACAGACAGAUAAUGAGGUUGGAGAGACUACCUGGGAACAGCGUGGACACCAGUGACUCAGAUAUAAAAACUUCACAAGUCUUGCUCCAAACUCAAGGUGCUCAGCCUGAGACCCCUGUUGGAGCGACUCUGAGUGAUAUUCAUGAGCAGACUGUGCAGUUUGUAGGCUCUGAGCAGAAGCUGCUGCUCCCUCACAUGUGUGAAGGGGAGCCUGAAGCUGUGGAACAGCAGCAUGACCUCGACCUGCAGCAGCAGCAGCUCUUUUGGAUACAGGACGGUGCUGAGGGACAGGUCAUUCUGGUGCCCGUCUCUGCUGAAGACGGAUUACAAAGCAUUCUCAAGAUGGAUGGAGUCGAUGAUGAAGCACAGGGAACUUUGGUGUCAGAGGUGGAUCUUAAAGGAGAGACGGGACACCUGACAGAGAGCAGUGGAGGUCUGUCCAGAGAAGAAAGAGCCUGUGGUGGUGAACAUGGUGACCAGCAUGCUGUUAUCAACACUACACUGGUGGAAAUGAGAGAAGACGUGAGGGAGAAACUUAAAGAGCACCUGGAGGGAUUUCAGCUUCAGCUGAGCACUGAGUUCCUAACCUGACAGGAUGUUCUGAACGAGCACAACAGGAUCACUUUGUUGUUAAUGAUUGAUCUGUGGAAGCCAUCUCUGCCAGGCUUCCUGAGUGUGCUGUAAGCUGUGCACAUUUAAAUGUGGCAGCACUUAAGAAUCAACAGAGCAAACAGUCACAAAUGAUGCUGUUGUAGAGCAACACGUCUUUUUGAGAAGCUUUAAAGACAAAUUUGAGUCUUUGUCACUUUAGAAAGGUGGAGCUCGUCAGGUAAAUGGGCGCUUCUGUGUGCAGAGCCAAACCCACAAUGAAUGUAUCUUCUGACAGGUGUUGUGUGUGCAUCAAAGCCUGAUACAUCAUCUUCAUCGAUGCCACAGAACUCUAAUGUUGUCAUAAAACUAUUAACACACAUCAGUGAGCCACACUGUUGCACAGGGUGACAUGUUCCUUCAUUAGCUUGAUGUAGUGUAUGUGGGAUCGACUCAAUCACUGUCUGUCUGAAUACUCACUAAACAUCUAAGAGGAUCACUCCUGCACUCCUUCCUCCUGCUGAGUAACAUUUCUUAAUAACUACAGUGACCAGUUUUUGAAAAACUCUGAGCAUUUAAAAAAAAAAAUACUAUAUAUUUGUGAGGUACUUUAUAGAUUUACAUCUUCAGUAGGAACGAGUGGGCUUGAGGAUGAGAUGCACAGACAGGUUUGGAAAGCCAGAAAUUAUUGACAGACACACUAACAGGUUUUGGGCUUUUCAUGGGACCACAACAAUCCUCUAAUCUGUAAAUGAAAAAACAUUAAAGAUACAGUUGGUAAAGAAAUAACAUACAUAAAAUGAAAAUAAAUCUCUGAUGUUGAAACAAAAAGAUUUUUUGCGCAGUGUGCAGUCCAUACAGAUCAGUGAGGAAGACUAGUGGCUGCUUCUAGAUAAUCCACUAGUAACAUUCUAUUUGAUGCACUGCUUAGGCGAAAUAGUUGCAGAUGACUAAAAUUCAGCAUCACAAAUUGAUCUGUCAGUGAAAUGUCAUGUAAUGAAUGCAUCUUGGGGUUCUCCUGCAUUUCUCUGAACAUUUCUUAUU